AACGAUUUCAAAACAACAGCCUUUCUAUCUGUAGCAACCACGCUGCUGUCUGCAGUGACCGUGCCUUUAACUGAACAUCCCACAAAAUGUCCGAGGGUAAACACACGCUGUGGUCUUCAGAGGAAAUCAGCGUGCUGCUCGCGAUAUGGUCCUCCUCAGAGAUCCAGGAGAAGCUGGAGAGGUCGAAGAAGAAGCAAAUAGUGUACGACGAGAUAAGCCAAGAAAUGAUGAACGGCGGCUUCAAUCGCUCGUCCGAGCAAAUCGUAAACAAGCUGAAAAAGCUUCGCAAGGAAUAUAGGGAUCUGAAGAUGAAACCAAGCAAACGCGGCCGUGGAGGGCACAACAAGAGAACAUUCGACCACGGAGUUAUGGAGUCGAUUCUGGGAGACCGACCGUCCAGUCAUUUCACCAGGGCCUUGAAUUCGGCUACGGCCACUGUGGAAACAAACCCCGAGUCGCCCGUGUGCUCUGAGGAUGAAAUAGGUAGUAAAGUACACGAGCACAAAUCUGUACAACAAUGGACUUCAAAAGAAACCAACACACUGCUCACCAUAUGGUCUUCCACCGAAUUCCAGGAAAGAUUAGAAAAGUCGAAAAGGCGGAAGAGAGUAUAUGAAGACAUAUGCCAGGAGAUGGUAAAUGCUGGAUUUACCCGUACAACUGAGCAAAUCGUUAACAAAAUCAAAAAACUUAAAAAGGAGUUAAAGGACCAGAAGAUUGAACCAGGUAAAAGCAGCAUCCAACUGAACAUUAAAACCGAUGAGGAUGACAACCAUAUGGACAAUGACCUGGAAAACUUACCAGCCAAUCAAUUGUCUGAAGCGUUAAAUUCAGCAUCAGCCAUGCUUGAGAUAAAGGCCGAAUCGCUUUCUUCUGCAGCUGAUCUUGAUGAUGAAGUGCUGAACCAACCUGAAACGUCCCUCAGUUCAUCUCAGACGCUAAUAAAAAAGUCUUUGGGAUCAGGCAGAAUAAGGAAGAACGAUUCAAACCAGGAGCUGCUUGACUAUUUACAGACUGCUGAUGAACGGUUUAUGGCGCACGCCAAAGAACUUAAUACAGCCAUUCUCAAUAAAAUGGACGAAGCUACCAAUUCUAUGCUUGGACUUUUGGGACGCAUGGUGACUCUAAUGGAGGCACAGCAGGAAAACAAGCCAUAGACAUGCACACUCAAUUCAUGUUUGCGCACAGAGUUAAAGCUAAACUGAAAUUGAUUCUGUGUAUGUAACAUUUUUAACGUGUUCCUCUGUUUUAAAUGGUUAUUUUGUAUAUUAUAGAAGUCAUGGAAUUUCAUAACUUGUUCUAUCCCUGAAAUUGCUUUUGUUUUUUCUUUACAACACCAUCAUCUUUGUUCAUAUGGAAGUAGUGUUGCAAACAAAAUUUGUCUCCUACAAAAGUGGAUUAUUUUGGCAUUCUGAGGUCUUGUCCACACUAACACUGAUAUUUUCAUAACCUGA